UUGAAGCCAAAUUAACUCUGGGCGUUCCACUAAACGUUGGCAAAAUAGCGCAGUUUCGGGCCUUGGAAAAGACCAGAGAAUAGCAUGUGUAAAUACGUGGGAGUGGCGAAUAGCAAUGUGUAAAUAACGGCGCGAAGUCGAGAAUCGAAAUUAGUGAAAAACAAUGCAGCAUGGAUCCUCCCGCAUUCCGAAACAGGAAGCUCUGCCGAAUGCCAUCUGCGGGCCCGAUUCCAGCAACUGGACUUCGCUGCACGAGGCGGUGGCCGCCGGGGAUGAUCGUCGGGUGGAGGGUCUCCUGUUCAGCAAUGCGGACCGCUUGGCCAGGGAGUCCCUGCAGGGGAAUACCCCGCUCCAUGAGGCCGCCAGCCGGGGGUUCAGUCGCUGCGUGAAAUUGAUCUGUUCACCGCCAACGCCACCCACUUCCUCGGGGGUUGGAAAACCAGGAAAGGGGCAGAAGGACAAGGACAAGGACAAGGAGAGGAACAAGGGCAGGGCGAAGGUGGCCCACCAGACCAUCGAAGCCCUACACAAUAGUGCUCUGAGUAUAGCCAACAAUGAGGGCCUGUCCGCCCUGCACUUGGCCGCCCAAAACGGGCAUAAUCAGAGCUCCAGGGAACUACUGUUGGCCGGCGCCGAUCCCGAUGUCCAGAAUAAUUACGGCGACACUCCGCUGCACACCGCCUGCAGAUAUGGACAUGCCGGAGUUACCCGCAUCCUGCUCUCCGCCCUUUGUGAUCCCAAUAAAACCAAUCUCAACGGUGACACCGCCUUGCACAUCACCUGCGCCAUGGGUCGCAGGAAGCUCACGAGGAUACUGCUCGAGGCGGAUGCUCGUCUGGGCAUCAAGAAUGCCCAAGGCGAUUGCCCCAUGCACAUAGCUAUAAGGAAGAACUAUCGCGAGAUCAUCGAGAUCCUGAACACACCGAAGAAGAUACGGAAUCGCAAGGAGAAACCGAAGGAGGGUGGCAGCAGAUCGGACAGGGAACGGGAUCGGGAAAGGGAUGUGGUGGACAAGGGAAUCAACUGGUCACCCUAUGGAUGUCAUUAUUUUCCCGAUCCGCGCGCCUUUCCCUCGCCGAAACUGGAGACCCUGCCCAAGGAGCCACUGAAACCGGGUGAACAGUACUUUCUGGACUUGGCAGGACACAUUCACAAGGGUCCUGUGAGCGUGGGAAACACUUGCUACUGCGGUCCCUUCUUCAGGCAUAUUGAAAACAAACUGAACUGCAAUCGCAAGAGCUUGAAGAAGUAUGUCCACAAGACCAAGGAGCGUUUGGGUCACAAAGUUCAGGCGCUGGCCAUCAAAACGAACGAUCAGAUUGAACAGCUCACGAGGACGAUGAUCGAGGAUAGGUUAAGAUGCGAGAGCAAGAGGCAGCACCUGAGCGAGUUCUUGAGGAGAGGUGAACCCAUGCGAUCCACCUUCGAUCAGCAGAACAGGAACUCAAGGAUCGAAAGGACACUCUCCAGGUGUCGCAGUCUGGAGCUCUUGGAAAAUAACCACGAGGGUGGUGGUGGUAGGCUCACCAAUUCCAGGAGUGUGGAUGUACUUGAAGAUCAGGCAGUAGAAGCUAUAGUACACAGAUCAGCGGAGGCUCAGCUGGAGAGCGACAGCGAUGAAGAUUCCAUGGAUGCUAGGGAAGAGGCGGAAGAACAAGAUGAGGAUGAUCAGGAGCAGGUUCCAGAGGAGGCAGAACCAGAGGAGCAAGUACAACAACUAGAGCACUCAAAGCUUGAUGAACUCAAACUGGAUUUCCUCAAAGUAUCCGAAAGAUUGGGAGUUCUUUUGGAGAAAACCACCUUGAUCAUGGAAAGGGACAGUGAGCAGGAGAGCAAACACCAGCUAUCGUCCCUAUCGCCACCCUAUAAGCCCCAUCCCAGAGCCGAAUCCGCCCAACUUCGCGAAGAUAAGGAAAGUGUUAACAGCCCCAACUUCGAUGAGUACACCAAUGUAAUGCGGCGCUACCCCAACUCCAGUGAGACUUCCAAUCCCUCCCAGAACUCCAACAGUUGGGACUGGGAGGCUUCUCCCACGGGUAGCAAUCCGCAGCCAGACUACCACAAGUACUACCAGAGGAUUGGAAGGGGCGAGAACAUGCUGAACUCCGUGAUAAAGGCCCUUAGGAAAGAUGCCUCCUUCGCGGAUCUGGGAAAAGAAGAGGCGGCAGUCAACGAAAGUGCCGAGGGAAUGGGAGGCGAUAAGUUACUCUAUAAGGAGAAAGCCAGCGAGGCAGCUGGAAUCUCGAAUCUGAUGAAACGACAGCCCCUAUGCUUGGAGGAAAACUAUCCCGUCAUGUCGAAUCUGUUCUAUUCCAAUCCCAUUAUGGAGUAUGCCGAGGAAACGGAAGUGCGGCAGAAUGGCAACGAAAAUGUGAACAAGGUCGAGAUCCGGAACAGUGAGAUUAAGUGCCUGAAGAAGCCGAAUGCCGGGCAGGUUCGGGAUAUGGUGGCCCAGCUGCAAAGCACCAUAGACACCAAUCGGCAGGACUCGCAGACGGCGAAUGUGAUUGCGGCAAGAUCCCACUCCCGCCUGAAUAAUAACUUCCAGCACAUUGAGGCCACCUCUUCGAAUCCCUCGCCCACCUAUAGUAUUCCCCACAGGAAUACCGCCCAGGCCCAGUUUGGCCUGCCGGAGAGACACAUACCCAAAGAUGCCUAUUUCCAUGAACUGCCACACCGUGCAGCUAUUCCGCAAAACCCGCAGAGAAGGGUCCACUCCGGCUACGCACCAAAUGCGAAUUUCUAUCGCAAUGAAGAUCAAUACGUGGAGAGGAUUCCCCUACCAAAUGCUCCUCUGAGGCAAGCGGACUAUGUGGGUGCGGCGGUCACCUACAGGCCCAUUCAGUCGCCCACCUUUCAGGCCAUUGUCCCGCCCCAUCCAAAUCCCCGGCCAAGGAACUGGCCACAUCCCAGCCUGCCACCCAACGACAUCGAUCUUGACGAGGUGUCAGCCGUGGGCCUCUACAACAAUGUCUCGAGUCUAGUUUGAGUCUGGUAAUCCCCCGAAAGCACCCAUUGUACAUAGCUAAGCCUAACAUAUUUAUAUUAAUCGUAUUCAAGUUAUAAACUACGAAGCAAAAGUUAACUUAUUUCCAAUUGAUAAACCUAAAAUACAUAAAUACAAUACAAAGUUAUACAAAAAGUUGUUGUUUUGAUUGAAUAAGACGUUUUAAAAAGGAUUAACUUACUAGACUCUUCUAACAUAUACUAAAGAUUCCCCGAACCACUCGUUCGCAAAUGAAACCCAACCGAAUGUUUUCGA